CAAUUAAGAAAACGAGUGGCUCUGGCUUCUACUAGUAGUCCUUGGGGCGUGUAUGUAUUUAAAAGAGCGCCCCUAGCGGCAGCGAGUAGAAGAAGUCACAAAUCAGAUGAUCUGAUAUUCUGAGCUGUUGUGGAACAGACAGCAGGGAACCACCGGGGCCAUGCCGCCCUCCUAGCCUCUUCCAAAACAUCGGCUAAACGGCACCGAUUCCCUCUCGGGGACUCCGCAUCAGCUCCACGAAGGUCCCCCCCCCCGAACCUCCCGACUGUUCGGCUUCCUGUGGUGUUGACCGACAACAUGUACCGGUCCCUGUACGCCUUCCGAUCGGCGGAGCCCAACUCGCUGCGCUUCGCGGCCGGAGAGAGCUUCCUAAUCCUGGAGAGGAGCAACAAACACUGGUGGCUGGGCUCCCGGUGCAGCUCCGGGGAGACCGGCUACAUCCCCUCCUCGUACAUCGAAAAGAUCCAGGCUCCCGAGCAGGACGAAGUGUUGCAGUCCAUUGACAGAGCCAUCGAAGGCAUCCACAAUGUCGCCUUAAAGAACGGCGGCAAAUACAAUCUGGAACAACGCGAUGUCCUUCAAAAGUUGAUCCAUCACAGGAAGGAGACGCUCGCCCGGCGGAGCAUCGCGGGACACCCGCAAGGUCUCCCGGCAUCCAACAGUGAAAUUUCUCUCAGUCACACUCCACCGCUUGCCAACGGCCUUAACCGAGACUCCGGACGGCAGGGGGGGGUCCCCUUGUCGGGGAGCAUGGACAGCAUGCACGGAGGACAGCCGGGCUUUUAUCAGGUGCCCCCGCAACCUCGACGCGCUGCUCCAAUCACGCCGCCGCCGCCUGAGAAACAACGGAACGUCCGGCGUCCAGAGCCGGACGUCCCCUCCAGAUUGUCCUCGCUCCCUCCGUCUCCCGUUCCCUCCCUCACGAUCAGCAGCAGGUCUUUAGAAUCCGCGGCGUCCUCCGACGUCAGCCUGCCGAGCGUUUCCAGCACCCCGCCUCCCCCCGUGCCGUCCCGCGUCAAGCCCGCUGCGCAGUCGGCGCCGGCCAAAAAGAGCCCGGCCCCGCAGCCCCCGCGUCCCCCCGCGGCCGAAGAGGAGGAGCCGGAGGGCGAAUGGCCGGUCGCCCCUCCGUCUGUCGCCGAAAGCCCCCCCGGCAGCCCCGCUCCCCCGGAGCCGGUUCCCCCCACCAUCGGGGCCGAACUGAUCGAGCUGGUGCGCAAGAACACGGGCUUGAGUUACGAGCUGUCGCGGGUCGCCGUCGGGGUGGUGGUGGGCCACCUGCAGACCGCCCUGCCUCGCUCCUCCUCCGCCCUGGAGCGAGUUCUGCUGUCGCUGGUGGAGAGCAAGGACCUGGGUGCCGCGCUGCCGCGAGGCCACCUGUGUCACGACGAGCAGCGCUUGGAAGUCAUCUUCGGCGACCUGGCCCGCCACCGCGACGACUCGCAGCAGCGGAGCUGGGCGCUCCACGAAGACCACGCCCUCAUCGCGUGCUACCUCGAGGAGCUCCUGAAGAUCCUGACUGAUGCAGAUCCUGAGGUGUGUAAGAGGAUGUGCAAGGCCAGCGACUAUGAAAAUGUGCUCUCUCUGGUUUCCUAUUUUCAGAUGGAGCUUCGCGUGUCCUUGCGGCUGCUGCUGCUAAAAGUGUUCGGCGCCAUGUGCAGCCUGGAUGCGUCGCUCAUCUCCACCCUCCUCAACUCCAUCCUCCCCAUGGAGCUCGCCAGGGACUUACAGACGGACACACAAGAGCAUCAGAAGAUGUGUUACACAGCCUUGGUACUUACGAUGAUUUUCUCGAUGGGGGAACAGGUGCCGUAUCAUCACUACGAGCACCUGAACGGCGACUUUGUGCGCUAUCUGCUGGAUGCGGUGGAGGACGGGCAUCCCUCGGACCCCACCGAGCAGCUGCCCGACCUUUUCCUCAACCUGGUGCUCGCCUUCAACCUCCACCACACAGCGCCGAGCAACAACGUCAUCAUGCAGCAGCUGAGGAAGAAGAACGUGAAGAUUCUGACCGAGAAAGUGCUGCUGUUGCUCAACCGAGGAGACGACCCCGUGUGUAUGUUCAAGCACAUGCCGCCCGCGCCGCACGCCGUCCUCAAGUUUCUGCAGGACGUCUUCGCCGACCGAGAGACGGCCGACAUCUUCUACCGCACCGACAUGAUGGUGAUGAUUGACAUAGCCGUGCGGCAGAUCUCUGACCUUUCACCCGGGGACAAGCUGCGCAUGGAGUACCUCUCGCUCAUGCACUCCAUCGUGCGCUCGACGGACUACCUGGAGCACCGGCACCGGCUUUCCGACCUGCGGGGGGCGCUGCAGAGGAUCCUCGGGGAAGAGGAAGACCCCGGGGAGGAUGUGGGCUGCGCGACGGCCAAACAGAUGGAUAAGCUCAUCGUGCAGCAGAUCUACAAGGAGUUCCCGCAGAUCCGCGCGGGUCAGGACUAACUCACCGAUGGGGGUGGGGAUGAUAUAACUUUUAAAAUAAUGUGCUGUUUGACUUGCGAGCAAUAAUGAGCCAUAGUUAACGCGUACAAAUGUAUUUUGAAAGUAACGUAGAGCAUAUUCUAACUAAAAUGCACACAACAAGUCGCAACAGUGCCAUGUAUAUUGACACUCACUGCUUGCCGUUAGCGCUGGGAGGGGAGGGGGCAAAUGUGUGUCACUCAAAGCAGUAUUUUCCUAAAAGAAAAAGAGUAUAUUAUAUUAAAACUGACUCCGCGUACUUCAUCCAAGCCCGAGGGGCUUCGUGACGUCGUCAAACUAAGACAGAACCGCCUCUAAAAUCAAGUAGAACGAGAUGAACGGGUUGACGGUUCCUCACACGUAUCACGAGAAAGCUUUUAGCGGACUUGCUUGUUUUUGCGUGCUCACUUAUGCGAAGUUCGUUUAGCCUCAGGGUCGGUGGCUCUAUAUCAUUAAAAAUAUAUAUUUUUUAAAAAAAAAAAGGGAGAAUUUGAAUCCACAGUGCUGCGUUUCACCCGCUGUUCUGCAAAUGCUGCUCCUUUCUGUUUCACGUCCACUGAAAA